AUGGAGGUUGGUAGCUAUCAGGAAAUGAUUGCAGCGGCUAAGCAGAGCCUGAGCUUGGUGAGUUUCCGUGCAAACGCCGCAGGGGCGGAGCAGGAGCGCAAGGAGGCUCUGCUGCGACAACUACGGACAACAUUGGAUGAAAGGCAGAGAGAAAAGGAAUGCGUACAGCACCGCACAUGCGAGAUAAGUGCCGAUACGGCCACUAUCUUAAACAAAUUGCGUGCAAUCGAGGAGCUUGAUAUGCUAGACAGUAUGCUAGUGGAGAAAAACAAGCAAUUGUACCAGCAGCAGUACAGACAUGACACUCUACUCCAGCAGUUAGCAAAUAUUGAGACCAUCUUAGACGAGGCGUCUCUGGAGGGGAAAUUGGCGGGGAGCACAAUUGAGGCACAAUCUGCACAGUGCGUCUCUUGUUGUGAGCAUCUGCGUCGCUGCAUUGCCGCGGCAGAUCGUUACUGUGAUCGCCAUACCUCUCACGUGCUCAGUCAUCCCGUCUCAGUCAUUCACAAGAGUAUCCGUAAUAUGUGUCGGAUGGUUCGAGAGCGAGACGAGCGACUCAUCAUUCAGCUUGAGGACGUAGACACACAACAGCAACACGCAGCAUCACUGGACCAUUGCUUUCAAAAAAUGGAGGCCACCUAUACGUGCGAGAUGGAAGAGCUGAGGCGCAGCAAUCAGGAUAUGAUACAAGCAAUAACGCAGUCAGGGGAAGCGGAGAUAAAAAGCUUACGCGAGGGUCUCCAAAGAGCGGUAGAAGCACGCCAACAUCUUUUGCGCCGUUUAAAGGACGAACGACGUCUUCCAGUGGAGGGGGAAUUACCUCCGCUACUUGUAGAAAUGUGCAGUGCUGAGGAUGACAGUUGUGAGGGUGUAGGCAGCUCACCGCUGAGGUCGGUGCCAAUACUCGGAUUUUUUCACCCCGUUGGCCCCACGCCAAGGAGUACGACAGCUGUUGUUAUGAGUUCACGUAACACAAAUAACAACGAUGAAGGCGAGAAUGUCACCAGGAAUGAUGCAGAUGGUACUGAGAACGCCGCCAGUGUGAGGAAUAUCCCCGCUGUGUUGUGUGCAAGCAAGCUCAGAGGCUCGUCCCUCUGCCACGGUGUGGGUCCAACACAGGACGUAAUUGACUCGGAGAUGGAGGAGCUUGAGUACCGGGCUGUCGCUGCUGAGAGAGAUGUCGACCGGAUGCAGCAGCGGUACGAAACGUUGGAGGAAGAGGCUGAACUAAUUCGACACGAGUAUGCAAAGAAACAAAAGGUGUUAGAGGAAAAGCUGUCUAGGGCGCAAGAGGCGGUGUCUGUCCUUGCGAGGGAAAAGUCUGAGUGGCAGGCACUGCAUCAGCAGAUGUCACACUUGAUUUCUUAG